AUGGGAGUCCGAAGAGCAUUCCACCUUCUGCUCGCGUGCCUGAGCCCAGCACUGCUGUCUGCUGUACGGAUCAACGGGGAUGGCCAGGAGAUCCUGUACCUGGCGGAAGGUGACAAUGUGAGGCUGGGCUGCCCCUACAUCCUGGACCCUGAGGACUACGGUCCUAACGGGCUGGACAUCGAGUGGAAGCAGGUCAACUCAGACCCCUCACAUCGGGAGAAUGUGUUCCUUAGUUACCAGGACAAGAGGAUCAACCAUGGCAACCUCCCCCAUCUGCAGCAGAGGGUCCGCUUUGCAGCCUCAGACCCCAGCCAGUACGAUGCCUCCAUUACCCUAUCGAACCUGCAAGUCUCCGACACAGCCACCUACGAGUGCCGGGUGAAGAAGACCACUGUGGCCACCCGGAAGGUCAUCAUCACUGUCCAAGCGCGGCCUGCGGUGCCCUUGUGUUGGUCUGAGGGCCACUUUACACACGGCAAUGAUGUGGUACUGAAGUGCUUUGCCAAUGGGGGCAGCCCACCUCUCACCUACAAGUGGGCCAAGAUCAGCGGGCAUACUCACCCCUACCGUGCUGGGUCCUACCAUUCUCAGCACAGCUUCCACUCUGAGCUCUCCUACCAGGAGUCCUUCCACAGCUCCAUCAGUCAAGGCUUGAACAACGGUGACCUAGUGUUGAAGGACAUUUCCUACAAGGAUGAUGGGCUGUAUCAGUGCACAGUGGCCAACCAUGUGGGCUACAGCGUGUGUGUGGUGGAGGUGAAGGUCUCAGACACCCGGCGCAUAGGAAUCAUCAUCGGCGCAGUGCUGGGCUCUUUGCUCGCACUGGGAUGCCUCUUGGUGGGCAUCUGGGGGCUCGUCUGCUGCUGCUGCGGGGGCGCCGGGGUCGGCGGCGGCUCCCGCGGUACCUUCGGCUACGGCGGCGGGGUCGGCCGCGGGGUCGGCGGAGGGGCCUGCGGCGACUUGUCUAAUGAGAUCAGAGAGGACGCCGUGGCGCCCGGGCGCCAGGCCCGCGGGCGCGGCAGCCGCGCCACCCACCUCCUGGGGCGCCCGACGCAGAACGUCAGCCACUCCCUGCGCCGCAAGUACGCGCCUCCGCCCUGCGGCGGCCCCGAGGGCGCGGCCCUGGCGCCCCGCCCCGCCCCCGCGGCCGCCGCCUGCGAAGCGGGCCCGUCCCCGGUCCACGUCCAGGUCCAGAGCGCCGAGCCCGCCGGCGCCGCCGAGGGGCCGCGGCCGAGCAAGGACGGGCUGCUGGUGUGA